GCCCGCCGAAGAUUUUAAACGGGCGGAGAGAAUUUUUUUGGGAUUUUUAAAUAAAGAGAUGAUUCCAAUCCUCGCCGCGUUCUUCACGUAAGCGGAGGUGCGGGACCAGCAUUAGACGCGAGCUUAAUGAGGCUCGAGACCCACUGAGAGGGCUACGAUGAGCGCGGGCGGAGGGGGUGACAGCGUCUCACGCCAACCCCUCCGUGGGAGCUCCUCGUCAGCGCACAGCGGCGGCGGUGACAACGUUGCUCCGGCCGCAGACGAGAAGGGGGACGAGGAAGUGGAGGAGGAGGAGAGAACGGUGGAACAACAACAACAACAGCAGCAGCAACAACAACAACAGCAGCAGCAAUGGCCACAGCAACCUACCAGCUUCACGGUGCAGCAGUAUGUUGUGGGGCCGCAACAGGGUCUCCAGCAACAGCUCGCCAAGCCCGCCCUUCAGAAACUGAUGGAGCAGCAACAGCAACAGCAGCAGCUGCUGUCGCCGCAUGCGGUGUUGAAGCAGGGCCUGCAGCAGCAGCAGCAGCUGGUAGUGACUCAGCAGCAGCAGAAGGUGGUACUCCAACAUGUAGCGCAGCAGCGGCAGCAGCAGCUUCCGCAGAAGAUAUUGAAACAGGUGGCGCAACAGGGCACGCAGCAGCAGUUGGUACAGCACAAGCAGCAGCAGCAGCUCAUGCAACAGCAGGUGCUGCUGCAGCAGCAGCAGUUUAUGUUGCAGCAGCAGCAAGUUCUUUUACAGCAGCAGCAAGUUCUUUUACAGCAGCAGCAGCAGCAACAGCAGCAGCAGCAAGUCUCCGCACCAUGCGCUGUUCACCAAAGGUUCAAACAGGUGCCCUGCACGUCGUUCAUACAGCUCUCCGCUGCUCCGGUCAGCCUCCAGAGGGUCCUGUCAUCCGCCACGGCCGCCACCACCACCACCACCACGUUGGCAGCUUCGCGAUCAACAGCAGCAGCCACCACCAACCCGACCCCUUCCAUCGCCACCACCACCACCACCACCAGCGGCGUUAGCCCCGGCGUUCAGCAGCAGCAACAGCAGCAGCAGGAGCAGCUGCAGCUGCUGCAGCAACAGCAGCAGCAGCAGCAGCAGUUUGUAUUGCCAAGCACCGUCACGCUGCAGCAAGAAGCGCCGGCUCCGGUUCUCGGCAGCGCCGCUGGAAGCAUCGGAAGCGCCGCUGGAAGCGCCGUGGGAAGCAUCGAAAGCAUCGGAAGCGCCGCUGGGAUCACCGCGGGAAGCAUCGGAAGCGCCGCUGGAAGCGCCGUGGGAAGCAUCGGAAGCAUCGAAAGCAUCGGAAGCGCCGCUGGGAUCACCGCGGGAAGCGCUUCUCCCGGUGGGGCGUCGCUAGCCGCUACCGGGAGUUUGCCGGGAGCGCCGCGUGAGCGCCGUUUGCCCGCGGCUAUCCCCGGAGGGACGGUGCGCCACUUGGGGCCCGGCGCUGGCGGCGCUCGCCCCGGCAGCGGCGUUAGUAUCGCUGGCGUCUCUCCGCAGCUCAGCAGCCUGACUCGGGGGCAGCUGCUGCCGCAGCAUGUCGGCGGUGGCGGUGGUGGUGGUGGCGGUGGUGGUGGCGGUGGUGGUGGCGGUGGUGGUGGUGCCCUGCUGCUGCUGCAGCAGCUGCGUCUGCGCUGCAGCGUGGCGGAGGUGCGGCGUGCGCAGCUAGAAGGACUUGGAGGACGACACCGCCGCCUGCUGCGGGAGGCGCUCUUCCUCAAGGGGGGCGGCAACAUGGUGGACUUCCCGGCCUUCUGUCGGAGGCCCGGACACUCGGCCGUCGCCACGCUGCAGCAGAACGAGUUGGAGAGCGGUGGCGGUGAUGGUGGUGGCGGUGGUGGUGGUGGUGGUGCGGUGGUGGUGGUGGAGAAGCAGCAGCAGGGUGGAGGUGGUGGUGGUGGAGUCCUGGUGGACGAGUCGAGGUGCCGCGUGAUUAACGACGAGCAGGAGGGUGCCGUGCUGAGGAUCUGCCAAUGCACCGCUCCCACAACUGUUCCCUCCUCCUCAUCAUUAUCAUCAGCGCCACCAUCAGCAGCAGCACCACCAUCAGCAUCAUCAGCACCACCAUCAUCAUCAGCAUCAUCAGCACCACCAUCAGCAUCAGCAGCAGCACCACCACCAUCAUCAUCAGCACCACCACCAUCAGCACCAGCAUCAUCAGCACCACCAGCAUCAGCAGCACCACCAUCAUCAGCACCACUACCAGCACCAUCAUCAGCAGCACCACCACCAUCAGCACCACCACCACCACCAUCAUCAGCACCACCACCACCAUCAGCACUACCACCACCAUCAUCAUCAGCGUCGCUGUCAUCAGCAGUGGCGAUGGCGUCGUCGUCGGUGACGUCAUCGGCGUCGCCCCAGCUGCCGUCUCCCAUGGCAACGGCGUCGGCGGUCGCCGUGACGACCGCAUCGCCUGCCGCUGGUGGUGGCAGCGGCCAACGUGAGUGGUGGUGACGGUGGUGAUGGUGGUGACGGUGGUGGUGGUGACGGUGGU